AUGGUCUUUUCAAAUCUUAAGACCGUUCCACUACCACCGCUUUUUGCCUUUUUCAUCUAUUUCACGCAUGCCAUAGCCACUCCGGAGAACACGGAUAUGAGCGGCUUACUCCAGGAACUUAAGUCGCAAAAGGAUGAUAGACCGAUGUUCCGGCUUGACAUGCACUUUCUCCCUGGGGAGAAAGCCGUUCGGGAGAACUACAAGAAACAAGACCAAGUGUUCAAAAUGCGUCGACGUUAUGACGUUCACCCACCACCUGGAACCGAUUUUGAGCUCCCCGUGAUGGUGAGGAAGUAUGACGAUCUGGGACAGGCGCUAUUGAUUUGUUCGAAAAAAAGGCCGGCGUAA